AUGAAUACUAUCCGUUUGCUUACAUUAAUAUUGGCUAUCACUACGUUGACGUCAGGAUAUGUCAUUAAGCGUUCAAAAAACAAUGAUCCCACAUCAGUAACUAAAUUAUCACCGGAACCACCAAGCGUUACAGAUGUGUCUGUUACAGCUGUACCUACAUCUACAGUUGCUUAUUAUAUAUGCUAUGCAUAUACUACACUAAUUGGCCCCUGCAAUUGUACGACUGAAUCAACAACUGUGCCAGCUUCUACAACCGAUGGUUCUAAAGACGUUUCUACCAAAUCUCCGACCACUACACGCAUCACAAAUAAGCCUCAAACCACAACUGUGCCAGCUUCUACAACCAAUGGUUCUAAAGACGUUUCUACCAAAUCUCCGACCACCACAAGUAACACAAAUAAGCCUCAAUCCACAACUGUGCCAGCUUCUACAACCAAUGGUUCUAAAGACGUUUCUACCAAAUCUCCGACCACCACAAGUAUAACAAAUAAGCCUCAAACCACAACUGUGUUAGCUUCUACAACUCAUGAUUCUAAAGACGUUUCUAUCAAAUCUCCAACCACCACACGCAUCACAAAUAAGCCUCAAACCACAACUGUACAUAAUUCUACAACCGAUGGUUCUAAAGACGUUUCUACCAAAUCUCCGACCACUACACGUAUCACAAAUAAGCCUCAAACCACAACUGUGCCAGCUUCUACAACCAAUGGUUCUAAAGACGUUUCUACCAAAUCUCCGACCACCACAAGUAUCACAAAUAAGCCUCAAACCACAACUGUGUUAGCUUCUACAACUCAUGGUUCUAAAGACGUUUCUACCAAAUCUCCGACCACUACACGUAUCACAAAUAAGCCUCAAACCACAACUGUGCUUGCUUCUACAACUCAUAGUUGUAAAGAUGUUUCUACCAAAUCUCCGACCACCACAAGUAUCACAAAUAAGCCUCAAUCCACAACUGUGCCAGCUUCUACAACCAAUGGUUCUAAAGACGUUUCUACCAAAUCUCCGACCACCACAAGUAUCACAAAUAAGCCUCAAUCCACAACUGUGCCAGCUUCUACAACCAAUGGUUCUAAAGACGUUUCUACUAAAUCACCAACCACCACACGUAUCACAAAUAAGCCUCAAACCACAACUGUGUUAGCUUCUACAACUCAUGAUUCUAAAGACGUUUCUAUCAAAUCUCCAACCACCACACGCAUCACAAAUAAGCCUCAAACCACAACUGUACAUAAUUCUACAACCGAUGGUUCUAAAGACGUUUCUACCAAAUCUCCGACCACUACACGUAUCACAAAUAAGCCUCAAACCACAACUGUGCCAGCUUCUACAACCAAUGGUUCUAAAGACGUUUCUACCAAAUCUCCGACCACCACAAGUAUCACAAAUAAGCCUCAAACCACAACUGUGUUAGCUUCUACAACUCAUGGUUCUAAAGACGUUUCUACCAAAUCUCCGACCACUACACGUAUCACAAAGAAGCCUCAAACCACAACUGUGCUUGCUUCUACAACUCAUAGUUGUAAAGAUGUUUCUACCAAAUCUCCGACCACCACAAGUAUCACAAAUAAGCCUCAAUCCACAACUGUGCCAGCUUCUACAACCAAUGGUUCUAAAGACGUUUCUACCAAAUCUCCGACCACCACAAGUAUCACAAAUAAGCCUCAAUCCACAACUGUGCCAGCUUCUACAACCAAUGGUUCUAAAGACGUUUCUACUAAAUCACCAACCACCACACGUAUCACAAAUAAGCCUCAAAAAACAACUGUGCCAGCUUCUACAACCGAUGGUUCUAAAGACGUUUCUACCAAAUCUCCGACCACUACACGUAUCACAAAUAAGCCUCAAACCACAACUGUGCCAGCUUCUACAACCAAUGGUUCUAAAGACGUUUCUACCAAAUCUCCGACCACCACAAGUAUCACAAAUAAGCCUCAAACCACAACUGUGUUAGCUUCUACAACUCAUGGUUCUAAAGACGUUUCUAUCAAAUCUCCAACCACCACACGCAUCACAAAUAAGCCUCAAACCACAACUGUACAUAGUUCUACAACCGAUGGUUCUAAAGACGUUUCUACCAAAUCUCCGACCACUACACGUAUCACAAAUAAGCCUCAAACCACAACUGUGCUUGCUUCUACAACUCAUAGUUGUAAAGAUGUUUCUACCAAAUCUCCGACCACCACAAGUAUCACAAAUAAGCCUCAAACCACAACUGUGUUAGCUUCUACAACUCAUGGUUCUAAAGACGUUUCUACCAAAUCUCCAACCACCACACGCAUCACAAAUAAGCCUCAAACCACAACUGUACAUAGUUCUACAACCGAUGGUUCUAAAGACGUUUCUACCAAAUCUCCGACCACUACACGUAUCACAAAUAAGCCUCAAUCCACAACUGUGCCAGCUUCUACAACCAAUGGUUCUAAAGACGUUUCUACUAAAUCACCAACCACCACACGUAUCACAAAUAAGCCUCAAAAAACAACUGUGCCACCUUCUACAACCGAUGGUUCUAAAGACGUUUCUACCAAAUCUCCGACCACUACACGCAUCACAAAUAAGCCUCAAUCCACAACUGUGCCAGCUUCUACAACCAAUGGUUCUAAAGAUGUUUCUACCAAAUCUCCGACCACUACACGUAUCACAAAUAAGCCUCAAACCACAACUGUGCCAGCUUCUACAACCAAUGGUUCUAAAGACGUUUCUACCAAAUCUCCGACCACCACAAGUAUCACAAAUAAGCCUCAAACCACAACUGUGUUAGCUUCUACAACUCAUGGUUCUAAAGACGUUUCUACUAAAUCACCAACCACCACACGUAUCACAAAUAAGCCUCAAAAAAGAAUUAUGCCUGGUUCUAAUACUGAUGAUUUUGACGAAAGUUAUGAUUCUGACGAAAGUUAUGAUUCUGACGAAAGUGAUGAAUGUGACGAAAAUGACGAAAAUUGUGAUUUCUGGGAUAUAUAUAUAUGGAUCGCUCUUGAUAAAUAG